AUGCUAGCCAGCUGCAUGAUAGAUACUUUGAAACACUCAACUGCCAGUCCUGAAGUCAGCUGUGAACAUGAAAAGCGCACACAACCUCAAGUGGUCAAAUGCAAUGAGCGCCAUUCGGAUGAGGACACAGAGUCAAAAGUACCUGUUGAAGAGGAUCACAUAGUGGCAGAACACAAAAAUCCGAAACCCAUUUGUAUUGCUUGCGAGCAAGCUGCACUUAAGAAAAUGCUAGCCAGCUGCGUGUUAGAUAGUUCGAAGCAAUCAACUGGCACGCCAGUGGUCAGCUUUCAACAUGGAAAGCGAACACAACCUCAAGUGGUUAAAUGCCAUGAGCACGAUUCGGAUGAGGACACUGAGUCAAAAGUACCUGUUGAAGAGGAUCACAUAGUGGCAGAACACAAAAAUCCGAAACCCAUUUGUAUUGCUUGCGAGCAAGCUGCACUUAAGAAAAUGCUAGCCAGCUGCUUGUUAGAUACUUCAAAGCAAUCAACUGGCACUCCAGUGGUCAGCUUUCAACAUGGACAGUGCACAAAACCUCAUGUGGUUAAAUGCAAUGAGCGCGAUUCGGAUGAGGACACUGAGUCAAAAGUACCUGUUGAAGAGGAUCACAUAGUGGCAGAACACAAAAAUCCGAAACCCAUUUGUAUUGCUUGCGAGCAAGCUGCACUUAAGAAAAUGUUAGCCAGCUGCGUGUUAGAUAAUUCGAAGCAAUCAACUGGCACUCCAGUGGUCAGCUUGGAACAUGGAAAACGCACACAACCUCAUGUGGUUAAAUGCAAUGAGCGCGAUUCGGAUGAGGACACUGAGUCAAAAGUACCUGUUGAAGAGGAUCACAUAGUGGCAGAACACAAAAAUCCGAAACCCAUUUGUAUUGCUUGCGAGCAAGCUGCACUCAAGAAAAUGUUGGCCGGCUGCAUAUUAAAUAAGUCGAGACAUCCAACUGGCUUUAGUGAAGACAGCUGGGAAGAAGGAAAGCACCCACAGCCGCAGAAUCUCGAUUGUGCUGACAGACAUUCGGAUGAAGACAUUGACUCAAAAGUACCUGUUAAAGAGGACCAGAAAAUGGCAGAAGACAGCACUUUGAAACCGACAUGUAUUGCUUGUGAGCAAGCUACAAUUAAG